ACAAACACUUUUUUUUAUAUUGUUAUUUUAUAAAGUAGUUUAAAAUAUAAUCAAAAAUUUAAUUUAAAAAUAAGUAUAGAGAACAUUUAAAUAUAAAAAAACUAUUUUAUAUUUUAUUAAUACAUAUAAAAUGUGCUUUAAAUAUUUAUUAGUCACAAAAUUUUUUCAUAAAUUUUAAUUUUUUCAACAAAAAAAAAUCAACACCAAAAAUGUAGUUCAUCUUCAUAAUAAGAGCCCGUAAGGCAAUAUACAAAAAAAUGAGUUCCUGUCGCUUUCCUAAAUUAGAGGAAUGUGCUCAUUUUCAUUACGAGCUUGUUCAGUUGGGUUCGUUAAAUGUUAGUCUGGUCGAUGAAAGGACUGAUUCCAUUAACACUAGUAUGCCAUUUCAAUCAUUAAAUGAAGAUACUCAGUCAACAUCACAAGCAUCAGGAUCUCAAAAUUAUUGGUUUAUUAUGAAAAUCACUACAGAACAUUCGGAUACAUUUUUAAUAAGACGUUCAUUUGAUAAUGUGAGAUUACUUGAUGAAAUGUUGCAUAGAUGUGUCUUUGAUAGGAAAAUUAGUUUGUUAAAAAAUUUAUCAUUUACGGAAUUUGAAUGCGCCGAAGACAUUAACCAAGUUGUGAAAAAAUAUUUUGAAAGACUUUCUAACAUAGCAAAUGAUUCUAUUACGUGUGGGAAAAUUUUGACGUGGUUUCAAUUAGAUAACAAAGGGAGAAGGCUGCCUUUAGCUGACACUGAAAUAAGGAAAAGUAUCAAUACACCUGCUGUUGGGGCAGCGUACGGAGUUCGCAGAUAUGUUGCCCAAGCUCCAGAUGAAAUAUCGAUAGAUGUUGGUGAUAUGAUUUCAGUUAUUGAUAUGCCGAAUCCAACUGAAUCUCUCUGGUGGAGAGGCAAAAAAAAUCAUUUACAAAAAAGUCAAUAUGAAGUGGGAUUUUUUCCUCAAAAUUGUGUUGCAACAAUCGGGGAUAAAAUACCAAGAAAUUUGCCUUUAUUAACACCUCUCUCAAAUCAAUUAUGUGAAGAAACUUCUCCAACGAAACCAGUUUUGCGGAAGCACGGUAAAUUAAUAGCAUUUUUUCGCAGUUUUAUAUUAUCAAGGCCUUCAAGAAGACGUUUAAAACAAAGAGGAAUAUAUCGGGAGAGAGUAUUUUCGUGUGAUUUGAGUGAACAUUUACUGAACAGUGGACAAAAUAUACCAAUAAUUCUUAAGUGUUGUGCCGAAUUUUUAGAAAAAAAUGGGAUUGUUGACGGAAUUUACCGUUUAUCUGGAAUAACAUCGAACAUUCAAAAGUUAAGAAGGGCUUUCGACGAAGAACGUAUUCCAGAUAUGACCACGCCUGAAAUGAUUAAAGAUAUUCACGCUGUAAGUUCAGUUCUGAAAAUGUAUUUCCGUGAGUUGCCAAAUCCUUUGUGCACUUAUCAAUUGUAUGAUCAUUUCGUUGACGCAAUUCAGAAGAAGAAUGAUGAUAAUGAACGUUUAAGGCUUAUGAAAGAGACCGUUUUAAUGUUACCCCCACCUCAUUACAGAACCCUGAAGCAUUUAGCAAUGCAUUUAAAUAAAAUUUCAAAACACUCAAAUCGGACUGGUAUGACAGAUAAGAAUUUAGCUAUAGUAUGGGCACCAAACCUUCUUCGAAGUCCAGCAAUAGAAUCUGGAGGAAUCACUGCCUUAAGAGGAGUUGGAAUUCAAGCUGUAGUUACAGAAUACUUAAUAAAAAAUUAUGUUCUCAUAUUCGAAACUGUUGACAGACCUGAAAGUCAAGUCACAGAACAAAGAAUAGACGUUGCGCAAGAUUUUUCAAGCAUUACUAGCGAACAAAGUUACGACAGCUCUAUCUCAAUGGCCGAAAAAUCAAAAUAUUUCAAUCCAGCUCGGCCAAAUUUAAUAAGUCUUGAAGAAGCUCAAGAAAGACAAAUGAAAUCUGAUAAUGUUGCUUUGUGGAGUGGAAUGAUGUCAGAGAGUGCAACAACUCCUGUAGAUCCUGUUGAUGAAAUUAAUGAUUCUACAAAUUCAGUCAAAAAAUAUCACACAUUACUGCCAGUACCUAGGACAUGGCAGAAACGAAAAACAACAUCAUGGAAAUCACUAUUUUCGAAAAAUAUUAAAUCUUCCAAUAGUUCUCAAGAAAUCAAACUGUAUAAAUAUAUAUAUCCAAUUAAAAAAGAUUUAGUUAGUGUAGGAGAAGAAAAUUCAAGCAAUAAUAAAGAUGUGGACGCAAAACAUAAUCUGUCUCCAAGUUUGGGAAGUGAAAAAUCUCCAGAUUUAUUUGGAAGGAAACCUAUAGAAGUUUAUGUUCGUUCCAGUUCUGUUGAUAGCGUGAAAACUGUGCAAUGUCAUUCAAGAUCUGUGUCGCAUGAUUCAUAUUUUGGGAACAUCUUGCAAUCACCUAUACUGAAUCUAAAAAAUUUUUGUUGUAAAGAAUUCACUGAACUAGUUUUGAAUUUUGACCGCGAAGAGCCAGAAAUGCGAAUUUUUUCGGAAAGCGAAAGUUUAUUGAGCAGCCCGAAAGAUGGAUUUUGUUCUAGUUGCAAAAAGGAAAAGUUGGACCUUAAGGAAUUAGGAAAUACGGUAACUCUUGUUCCAGAACCAAUGGUGGGAGUUCCUUCUACUUCGCAUUUUACAAAUAGUUUGUCACAAAAUCAAUGCAUCAACGAAGAUGAAUAUAGCAAUCAGUAUAGUUUGGAAGAUCAUUUGUCUGACAUAGAAUUUAUAGAUUCAUAUACACCAGAACACAGUUAUAAAAAGUCGAGUACUAAUAAGUUAUUCAAUACUAAAUCGGACAGCAUGAACUACAUUGAAAACUCGGCAGACAAGCAGCCUGAAGACGCUAAAAUCAAGUGUACACGUUCAUCUUCUUUCCAUGACCUAAAGCCAAGCUCUCUAAAAAAACAAUCGACUUUAAGUAGAUUUAGUUAUCCAAACAUAGUUAAAAAUAAUUUAUUUUUUGAAGAAUGUUACAAUGAAGAUGAGCGUUAUUCGAAUGAAGAUUAUAUAAAAUGCACACAAUUGCGGGAUACUUCUAAUGCAGAUAAACUAGCUAAAAAAAAACUUUCACGCAAUAGCUAUUCAGAAGUUCAGACAAACAUGGAAAUAAAUCCUUAUAUCAUUGAAGAGUCACCAAUCGCACCCAAUAACAGAAGUUCUUCCUCUGAUACAAUAUCUAGCAAUAAUGACAAUAAGCAUUUAAAAGUAAGCGACAUGCGUACAUUGAGUACAACCACAAUAUCAUCAAGCCAUAGUCCUCGAUAUACUCUUUUGUUGUUAGAUACCUGUUCAGAACCUAGUACUACAAUGAAUACUCCGGUGGGAAACGUAAAUAUUUUGAAUAAAAUAGAAGAAGAAAAUUUAAAGUGUAACAAAGAGAUGAAUGAAGAAAUCGAUCAUAUUAUUUUUCCACACGAUUUACCAGUUUCCUCAGAAUAUGAUAAAGACAUUUUAAGACAAAAAUUGCAUCUUGAUUUACACUCAGUUAAUAGUGGAUCAGAACAUUUGUUGAACUCACCAGGAUACUGCAAUAAUUCUAAUAUGACCGUAACCUCUGAUAACACAAGCCAAUCUUUAACACCUAGUGAAUUUGGUUAUUUAAAUUUCACUCGUCAAUCAAACGCGGUUUCAUCAGAAAACUCUCCUAACAUUGAAAUAAUGGAAAGUUUGGAAACAUAUAAAGAACCUCUUCAAAUUAACUCUCCAAAGCGGUCGGCAAAUAUAAUUAGUUUUGAAAUUAAAUCGAUAAGUGUUUCAAAUCCAGACAGUAAAUCAGACACAAUUUAUCAAAAACUUGAGCAUCCGAGUAACAGCUAUCAAUAUGGUAAAGGCGAAGAUGAUGAACUUUCCAAGUCACAUGAUGAGCAAAUUUUAUAUCUAAGCAGGAAGGCAUUGCUGGAAAAGCAUUCUCCAAAACGAAAAAAAGAAUCACGUUUCAAAUCUUUAGAAAGUUUUAAUGAUCAAAGCAACAAUGGAGAGAAUUUACAUUUGCACACGAAGCGAGAUUACUCUAAUAAAAAGCCUUUUCUGAGUGUAAGGGAAAUUGCAACGAAAUUCGAAACUACUCGUUCCACAAAAAUGACAUCACAAAAUAAACCUAAUGUUAACAAAUCGAUUAAAAAAGAUGAGAAUUUACCUCACAAUAUAAAAAAUGGCACUAAAUUAUCAAAUAAAAGUUUUCCAUCUUCAAGAAGCCUAGAUGAAAAUGCAUUUAAUAUAUGUAUUAAUACUGAUAAGAAUUAUGCGAAAAGUUUAUAUAAUUUUAAUGAUACAAAACAUAAAUCUGUUGAAAUAUCUAUGCCAAAACUUCUUAAUCCUCCGAAAUUUCUUCCUAAUGAUUGUUCAGAAAUUUUCAUUAAUACAAAUAAAGAACUUAAGAAAUGUUCAUCAAAAACAAGUAUAAAACAAAGUAAAGAAAAUUCUUUAAAUUUUGAUGACAAUAAUAAAUCAUUAUCCUCUAAUAAUGGUAAUAAUGAGAUAGCUUUAAAAACAGAACAACGUAGUUCAAAUACUAAUUUAAUGACAAGUGAAUUGAGUCUCUUGAGUGGUGUAAAAUUAGAUCGAGAUAGAAUUGAAAAAAUAAAAGAAAUGAGACGACAUCAAUUGAGUGAGAAACAUAAUCCUGAAUCUUUUAUUUCUAGAUCUAAAAGUAAACUAAAAGAAUCUCCUAAAUCGGAAACAGCACCCAAGGAACCAUCAAUAACAGCAAAAUUAAAUAUAGGACCGGAAACAAUCAAUCAGGAAAUAAUAUAUUCAGCAACAGUCAAUAGUUCCUCUAAGAAGUUAUAUAAAGAAAAAAUAUUUAAAACUCAUAUGCCAAAUACUUCUUCAUCAAAUAAUUCUUUGACUGACAUGAAGCAUGAAAAUCCUGAUGUAUUGGCAUCUAAGUUUUUAACAAGAAAUUCUGUUGAUGAAGAAACUUGUAAUAAAUCAACAAAUGUUGGUGAAUCAAAAUUUAAAAAUGAAAAUUUUCCAGUUUUUAAAAUACGCGAUGUUACUGCAAUUUUUGAAUCACGUUCUCAAAAUCUUUGAAUUAAUUGAAGUUUUUUAUACAUAGAUAUAUAUAUAUAUAUAUAAUUAUGAGAGAAGAAUAGCAAAAACAGUGCCAAGGACUACAAAAAAAAAAUUUUAUAUAUUUUUUUUUUUUGUGCAAAAAGGCUUUUACAAGUGGCAAUAGAAUAAAUUAAUAAUUUAUAAUUCGAUGUUAAUUUUUUAAUAUAUUAUACAAAUAAUACAAUUUACUUUAGAAAUAUAAAAUAAAUAAAUACAAAAAAAAAAAUAUAUUAUAUAUUAUAUAAAAUUUAUUUAAGCUUUUAAUAGUGUAAUGUCAAUAAUUUUAAGAAUUUUCAUUAGUGCAUAAGUAUAAAAAAUAUUGUCUUUACAUACUGCUUGAUCAUUGUUAGCUUUUUAUUUAAAUAUUUUUAUUUUUUAAAUAAAUUGUUUUUAUUGCGACGAUAUUGGAUUUUUUUCUUUUUAACAAAAUUUUAUCACUUAUAAAUUGUCAUAAAGAAUCGGAUAAAAUUUUCGUCAUAAAAUAAUUUCUGGAAUCUAGCAGCAUACAGUCAAACUUUAAUAACACAAUAGUUUCUUGUCCAAAUUAAUACAUUCAUUAUAAUAGAAUAUACACCCAUUUUUUGUUAAUCGCAUCACUUGACGUGUGAUGGGUUGUUAUUUAAAAAUUUUUUGUAAUUUUCUGAAUAAAACCAAUUCCGUAAUUCAAAAUUUUAUAUUGAAAAAUAAGAUUCUUUUCAAUAAUAUCCCAUCAUCCCAAGUGAUGCGACUAAUUGAAGAAUAUUGGAUAAUCCAAAUAAGAAUGAAGAAUAUUAGUGAUAAUCCAAGUCUUCCACCAACAUACAGCAAUUUUUGAAAGAUUUAUUUCAAUUUAGUUCAAAUUUUUGUUUUAAAAUUUAUUAAUUCAAAUCUAAACAUAUUAAUAAAAAAUAAUAAAAGAAAUUCUAAAAAAAUUUAAGAAUUUCUUUGAAUAUAAAUAAAAAAAAAGAAUUAAAAUAUUUUUUCAAAAGAAAUUGCUUGCAGAGACAUCUUUUGAAGAAUUUUAUAGCAUUAUUAUUACUUUUUCUAUUUUGUCAUAUCAAAAAAUUUUUUUUAAAAAAGCUUUUUACUUUCGUUACGAGUAUUUAGUCAUAAAAGCUAUCCAAAUUCCUUCAUCAAAAUCGCCAUUAUAAAUGUUACAUACACAAUUACCGUUAUCAAACAAAAUCAUUUAGAUUAUGUCAUAUAGAGAAUUACUGUUAUUUUAUUGAAAAUUACCGCUAUAAUUGUAUUAAAAGUAGUAAUCACUUUGAAGCUGCCAAUAACAGA